AUGAUUCACCGUGUCGAAGGCUUUUGCCAGAUCCACGUAGGUAGAGUACAGGUGGAUCCACAUCUCCUGGCACUUCUCCUGAAGUUUUGGGGUGGCGAUGAUCAUGUCGGUGGUCUCACGACGAUGGCCGAAGCCGAAUUGGCUUUUUGGCAGGAGUUCUUGUCGCAGAUGGUUGUGGAGAGGGUUGAUGAGGAUGCGGGAGAUCUUUCCGACGAUAUUGAGGAGGGCGAUGUCUCUGUGGUUGUCGCCGAUUAG